UCAAGAUAAAAAUAGAACUUUUGACAUUUAUAAACAUAAAUGGGUGCUAGGACAUAUUAUGCCAAUUCAGUUAGAAUAUCACACGGAAAGAAAGAUUGCACCUGGACUUUAUCGCAUCAUUGCUAGCGAGCAAGCCAGGAAACAGUUGUAGCAUUUGUUUAUAACGCACACACCAUCUAGCCUGUUCCGCUGGAUACAAGCAUGGAUUUGAUCCGAGGCAGCAAGUGUAUUGGUUUUAAGGAGCGGAAGUGAAGUGUUUUGAUUUUGGGUUAUACGCGGUCCAAGCCAAAACGUUCCGCUUUGGCAGUGCUUCGGUGUGCGAAGGUGAAAGAAAAGACGCUCGCGGCGCUCAAUGUGAACAAAGAUGUGGCCACUAAAGUUAGAUAUGACCCGGGAAGAGUGUCGCGGUGUUCUCCGGCGGCUAGAGCUUGAAUCGUACGGCACAGUGAUCAGCACAUUUCGGGCGCAAGGAUGCUUGAGCAAGGAGAAGAUACGGAUAUUGGAGGACUUAAGGCGAAUGUUCCACAUUACCACCGAUCGGCACAGAGCGGAAGCAAGACGCGUUGCAAACGACGAGCGCCUCGCAACGGUGGCGGAGAUCAUUUCGGGACCCAAUAGCGGUCAAGACUGGCGCCGUGAAGGACACCGUACCUUUCCAGUGCUGCCCCGAACGGUACCCCACACGGCACUGACGUACAUAGCAAACACCGUGUACGAGCAGCUCACACGGGCCAACACCAAGCUACCCCAUCCCGCUGACACUUCCUGCGAUCGGCUAAAGAAAGCGGAAGAAAUGCUCAAAUUUGAGCUGGUUAAAAAAUCGUUGUCACUGUACGAAAACGGCUUUGUGCGAGAUGCCGCCGUAGUUACUUCGGAUCCGCUGCAAGAUAUUAUGUCGAAGAGUUAUAUUAACCGUGAAGAAAACCGCCCAGCCGCACCUAAACCUGUCGAAAAUGCACCAGUGGAAGCUGAACCUGACGUUGCAGUGAUACCGAAUGGUGGUGGUGAGGUACCAUCAGCACCCGCUGAGCCUGAUCCCGAGCAGUCAUCUUUGUGCGAAAUACUGUUGAACCUGAGCAAUCAUCGGCCUGAAAACAGUGAAACUAAACCACUGGACAAAUGCAACAAAUCCGCUGACCGUUCGCCCCGAAAGAAGCCGCAAGCCAAGAAGCGUGCUUGGAAAGCGAAAAUCGCCUACCCUCCUGCCAAACUGUCCAAGCAAGCGCUGCCUAAGAACGUAAAACAAUCCACCAGAGUCAAUAACAUGCACAGUCCACACCUGAUCCAUUCGUACGCUGUACCUUUCGACGCUCACCAGGGCAACGCGACGAACGGUAACGCUGCUAGUGAACCGCCGCAGCUGCAACAGCACCUCACGUCCAACAAUGUGCCACAGUCCGGUCAGCAAAAUAAUCACGGUACCACGAUGGGACCGCCGGUAAAAUCAAAGCAAUUUGCCACACCGGCUCCCGGUGGCACCGCGCAAUCAACGACGUACAGCCAUCAGCAAGGAGUUUUGCCAUCAUCUAAAAAGGACAUACAGUACAAUCUGUCCAAGUUAAACCCAACCAGCAACCUACCGGCUAAAGGGAACGUAAACAUUCCCUUAAAAGGAGCCGGGUUCUACGCGCACGGUAAAUCACUGCCCCAUCCUCUGCUGAACUAUCAGAAGAAAUCGCCGAGCAAAAACAUUCUUAUACCGACAUCCACCGCCGCUGCCACAUUGGCCAGUUUGGGCUUUCCUUCUCCGUUCCAUCCACCGCUGAUGGAUCAUUCAAGCAAUUGGUUGGGUGUGAAAAAUCGCGACAAAACGGUGAAGAAUGUGAAAACCAAUCCAACCACCAGUAUGACGGCAACUGCUACAGCUGAAACGGCAACGGAACGAUCGAAUGCCACCGGUAUCAAGCACGGGGGUAAACGGAUGGAAGUUUCCACAGAACGUAUUGAGCAUAGUGCAGAGCAAAGCUCUCAUGCAAAAACGGUCACAUUUACAAGCCCCGCCGUGGUAGAAUCGCCCAUCACGAAAACCUUACCGACGACGCAAGAGAAUGUUGCCGGAUCCGCUGCACCGAAAAGUGGUAGCAAGGUGCUAGUACAGCCAAUGCCACUGAUACCAGCCAGUGGUGCUGCUCAAAGUACUACACUGACCUCAACCGUACAGAAAAACAAUGUUUUCAUCCUACCGAAAUCAGCUGGCGUAACGGGGGUGCUCAAUCUGGGGCAAAAGAUCGCUAUACCCAAAAGCAUGGUAGAUGCAUCUUCGGCCGCAUCAACUGUAGCAAGUCCUCCGAAAGUAAUUGUACAAACCAUGCCCGGCCCGUACAGCAGCACAACCUCGGCAAUAGCGCCAAUGCUAGAGACGGACGCUGAACGUAAGAAUGUAUCGCAAUCUUCACGGGUGAUGAUGGGUGUAGAUGAAAAAACAAACAACACCAUCUCCAAUGCCACCACCAUGCGGACCGGUGAAUCAACCGUCGAUGUCCGGAAUGAGGGGAAACUUCAGGCAGUGACGCAGGAUUGUACAAAUGCGCCACUAAAGCAACAAUCACAAACACCUUCCUUUACUAUUCCUUUCGAUGGUGUAUCUGGUCGAAAGAUAAAAAUUUCUACCAGCCAGCUAGUUCCAUUCACAGGAACGUUGCAUGCUUCCUCUAUGGCAAAAGGUACAGGGUGCAUAACGAUUGGAGCGAAGAAAAUUAAAAUCGGUACAGACGAUGAGCUUGCUUCGGAGUUAAAUCGUUCAACUAUUACAGAGAAUCCUGGCAUCCCGAAGGCAAAUGAUGCAAUAGGUUCAAGCAAUUCAAACGAACCGAAAACUACUAAACCACCGACGGAUCGCAUCGAAACGGAAACGGUAGCAACGGUACAGCAUUUUGAGGAAGCAAAGGUCGAGGUACCCACGAAGGAAGAUAAUCAACGCACCAGCUCCAACAGGCAGGGCAGUACAAGCAGUGCUGACAACACACUGGCAGCAAGGUUUAGCGACACAAGCGCUUUAUCACCAACACAAGAUGCCAUGGAUACGUCGCAGGGUGAAUAUGAAAUCGUUGCUACGGAACAGGAUGAUGACUCCUCCGCGACGGAUUCGGCCGAUGCAGAGGACGAUCUGGAUGAUGAACCGAGUCAAAUAGAGGAAACGGAAAGCAUCGAGGAGGAUAACUUCGAAGAGGACCACAACGUGGAGGUGGAAAUGGGCACGGAUGCUUACAUCAUCGAAGAAGAGCAAGUGAAUUACGAUUAUCUGAUAGAGGAAGUGCCCGAGGAUGAACAAUUCGUAGAGGAGGUGGAAGAUGAUGGACCAGUGGAAUUUAUCAGCGUUGGAUAUGGCACAACGGGCGAGUUAGUGGCCGAACUAGAAAGCGGUACUUCUUCGCAGCAAAUCAUCGAGAAGCAGCACCGUUCUGCUAAUGGUGUAGUGCGGGAAGAGAUACCGCCCGAGAUUGAUUAUGAUCAACACACGGGUGGAUUUGGUCCGGUCGGGAAUGGCGAUAUGCAAGCGUUUGCCGUGGAGAAUGACAUUGUGUGUGAUCUGCUUGUGAUGGGCCCGGACGGUAAAUAUCAUGCACGACCAUACUCUUACAAACAGGUACUGGCCGAACGGAUGGAUUCUGCCUCGAAAGCAGCUAAACAAACACAUCCAAUAGUAAGAUUAAGCUAGAUGAUAAGCUCGCAAGCAUUGGCGGCAGCAAUAGCACACACACACACACACAAUACGUACACAGAUAACAACCGAUCUGGGACAUGCAAGUACAAGUAGUAGUUUUUUGGGAUUACUAAUCUACAUUACAGGCUCAAGAUGUAGUGGAAACGAAGUUCGAAGCAAAGCUGCAAUUGACUAACACACAUGUGGUCUGAUUAGGUUGUUACGCUAUUUAUUUUGGAGUGAUCUAUUUUUCUAUACCCUUUUUCUUUUGGUUCUGUUUGUGCCGCACCCACACCCGGCACUGGAAACAAUGAAAUUGUUUCAUUUUUAUGUAUCAUAUACGCAGCAGUACACGCAGUUCUUUGCAGGCGGGAAAAUUGGAUAUUGAUAUAGCUAUAAAUUGCAACUAGAGCGCCAAUAUACUGUUAAUUCGCCAGGACAUUCUUUAAAUUUAGCAAAACUUUCAUUAUCAUUAGUACCACACUGUUAAUACCUCAAACAUUUUUCAUUUAUUUCAAUCGUUUUAUAUUUUCUCGAAAUCAUCGCCGCACAUCGUUUUGUGCACGUUGUGCGCAACCAACUUCAAUUCAAUCGGUUGACUGUACAACGAUUGUAUAUAAACAUAUGGUCAUCAACGAUUGAAACUGUAUAAUGUCACAUGAUGCAAGGACGCUAGUUAAUUGAAUUUAAAUGGUUAGCAUGUGGUGCAUUCAAUUUUAAACCUUCGCGUAAGAUAUUACUGCCCUUGUAGGCAACUCCACAAUAUACCUGUAUGUGUAUGAUGCACCCAUCCAUACACAAUGUAUACAUUUUUCUGACGACGAGGUAAACACAAUGGAAGUCGUAUCAGAAGAUGUUCAACAACUUACUACACUUAGGAUAGCUAUAAGCGAUUGUAUGAUUAAGGAUUUUAAAGUUAAUUUUAUAUGCAAGCAUACUCCCCCCCCCCCCCAGGCCCCUUCUCCCUAACCCGUUAACAAUGUUGAACGAAUGGUUCAACAAUUGCACAGAAAACAGUCGGCUUCUUUUGGAGUUUAGUUAAGCAAGCAAACAGCAAACAAUUUAUUAGCGUAGUGUAAUAGCGGAUGGGUGACGCAUUCGAUCUGUUCAGGUUUAAACGUUAUAUCUUUAUUUUUUAAGACAUCAAACUUAUAGCUGUUACAGUGAAAACAUUUUUAAUACAUUUUGCUUUAAUGAAACCCCCGCCCCUCCUCGUUUCUGCGACUGUACAUUUACUAUUGUGGCCCAAUAUGUUGUAAAAGUAAGGGAAACCGCAGAGGGCAACAGAGUGUAAUCCUAAUGUAACAGGUGGAUAUUAAGGUCGAUUAGAGUUGACUUCUAUAAAAUGAAAAUAAAUUAAAAAAAAGUAAUACGGUCUUUAAUGAAA